AAAGAAGGGGGUGGUGGUGGAGGUGGCGGAGGAGGAGGAGGAGGUGGCCGCGGUGGUUAGAGAAGGACGAAGCUUAUAAAGGACGUCCUUCCAUAGGAACCACGAAGAUAAGGAUGGGGUUUUACGUCGUCUUUAUAUGUCUUUUGGGAGUAGCAGUAAGCGACAACAGUACGAUCGACGAUCAUUCAGCGAUCGAAGAUGUAUCAGAGAUCGCGAACGUCGCCAACAAUCUCGACAUAGAUAACAUCGAUCAGACGAUUACAUGGGGAGAAUGGUCGCCAUGGUCGAAAUGGUCCCAAUGUUCCAAGAGUUGCGGCGGUGGAAUAUCGAAGCAACAACGGCGAUGCAGACGAAAACCGUGCAAGGGAAGACCUUGGAAUACAAAAUACAAAGUCUGCAAUCCUCAGCCAUGCGAAAAGCCAAGUGAUUUUCGUGCGGAACAAUGCGCGGCAUUCGACGAUGUACCGUACAGUGGACAAUUGUUGAAAUGGUAUCCGCAUUACGAUCCAGCACGGCCCUGUUCUUUGAUCUGUCGCGGAGAACAAUCUGUUGAGAAUAACGUCGGUCGAUUGCAACAGCAACAGCAACAACAGCAACAGCAUUUGCAGCAACAGCAGCAACAGAAACAGAACAAGAAGCAACAACAACAGCAACAACAUCAACAUCAGCACCAGUACCAACAACAGCAGCAAGGAUCAAACGAAAAGACACAUACUCGCGAUAUCCAAGAUGCUCUGCAAUUUGAUUCCGACGAGACAAUAGUCGUCCAGUUAGCUGACAAAGUUGAGGAUGGCACGAGAUGUUAUCUCGAUGGCCGCGACAUCUGUAUUAAUGGCGAAUGCAUGAAAGUGGGCUGCGAUUUGCGAGUCGGAAGUAGCAAGAACACGGAUGCGUGCGGAGUGUGCGGCGGAAAUGGAUCGAGCUGUCAAUCGAAAUACUCUUGGAACUUGGAACCGAUAUCCGCUUGCUCCAAGUCCUGCGGCGGAGGUUUUAAAAUAGCGAUGCCAGUUUGUAAGGCUGUAGGGACGGACGAUCGUGUUGUCAACGACAGCCAUUGCAAGAACGACGAGAGACCUGAGAAGACCCUCGUGCCGUGCAACACGCAUCCCUGUACGACAAAAUGGAUAAGCGGAGAAUGGAGCAAGUGCAGCGCAAGUUGCGGUGGUGGAUCGAGAACCAGAGCUGUCUUUUGUACCGAAGAAAAUGGCAACGAAACUACGAAGUUGCCAGAGCAUAAAUGCAGUGUCACGCACAAACCACGAGUACAGGAGACCUGUAACAUUAUCUCUUGUCCGAUGUGGGAGGCCGAUCAAUGGAGCGAGUGUUCAGCGUCCUGUGGUAUCGGUGUACGAAGGAGAAGCAUCGAAUGUAGAGAUGGAAACGGUCUGAUCUCGACUGGAUGUGAUCCCUUGGAACGACCACGAUCCGAACAGGAAUGUAAAGCUAACGUGGCGUGCAGCAUGUAUGGCGAGGAUUUAACGCAACCAUUGAUGCAACCUUAUCCACCACCACCAGUGCCGGAAAAAUUAAUCGAUCAACCUAUACCAUCGGAAUCGACGUUCAUAGCGGAGGAAUGGUCACCGUGCAGCGUAACCUGCGGAGAUGGAAUACGCCGUAGGGAAGUCCAUUGCAAGAUAUUUCUCGAGUUUAGCCGUACGAUAGCCAAGUUACCAGACAGACAAUGUUCCGGACCAAAGCCGGAGGAGACGGAGAAGUGCGUCAUGGAGCCUUGCGGUUUGAUUGAGAAUAGUCUGUCGUAUAGAAUCGACACGGUUGGAGAUAGCGGAUAUGCCGAGUCCAGUUUGACGGAUUCCUACAAAUCGUCGAGUAGUUCUGGAGGUGUUGGAACUGGUCUGGCAGCCGGUAGUGCCAGUGGUUACGAAAGUGGCAUCAAAGUGGCACCAGGAAGAAACGUGCAAACCACUUACUCAUGGAAGGAAGCUGGUUACACGCCUUGUAGCGCUACAUGCUUGGGAGGCGUACAAGAGUUGAUAAUAUACUGCGUACGCGACGAUACUGGUAAAACCGUGACUCCUCUUCUAUGCAGCGCCGAAACUAAACCGGAAGCAAGAAUCAGAACUUGCAACGAUCAUCCCUGCCCGCCCAGGUGGAGAUAUAGCGAGUUCUUACCCUGCAUGAGCCCCUGCGGUAUUGGCAUUCAGACUCGCGAUGUCACAUGCAUACACGAGGUGACACGAGGAAUCGGUAAUACCGUGACGGUACCAAACCAUAUGUGCCCGCAGCCACCACCAGCAGACAGACAAUACUGUAACGUGUUGGAUUGUCCGGUCAAGUGGAGCGCUGGAGAAUGGGGAGAGUGUUCCAAAAGUUGCGGAGGCGGGGUAAAGAGACGUAACGUGACCUGCGAGCAAAUAAUGGCACUGGGUCGCAAACAGAGAAGAGAAGAAAAUAAAUGCCCGCCGCAAAAGCCAUCCUCCGAAAAACCAUGUAACACCAAGCCGUGUCAUGAGAUGGACAUGAACGUGCAGCCAAUCAUUCUUAGUCAGAAUUCGUCGUACAAUCAGUCGGACUUGAACGAGAAAGUCGAUUUAAAGAUUGGCGGUAUCGCGAGGGUUUUUCAAGGGACGCCUUUUAUCAAGAUUCGAUGUCCAGUUAAAAAAUUCGAUAAAGCGCAAAUUAUAUGGACGAAGGACGGUAAAGAAUUACGUAGGACGAGGAAAUAUAAAAUCAACAAAAAGGGAGCUUUAAAGGUCAUGGACAUAACUACGUCCGACGAUGGAGUUUACGCUUGCGUAGCAUCGCUUUCGCACGCGGAGACACGUGUCAUCGUGAAAUUACGCUCGAAAGAACAGAUAAGCAGCGAGGAAUAUCUUAGGCUUGGUAAUUCCGUGCAUCUUCAAAGAAAUGCCAAUCUCGAUUCGGCACCAGCCAAUUCCGGUGAGAACCUUUACACCGAUCGUGCAGCCGCCUAUGGUAAUCACUUUGUUCCUAUCGAUGGAGAAGACCUCAGCCACGAACGAGCGGUUCCGAGUAAACCAACGAGAAAACCACAACACAAAAGGCAAAGGACUAGUCCGACUCCACCAGAUUCUACCAUGAUGAACAAAGAGCAUACUAUCACCUCUUUGAAUCAACCCGGAUAUCACGAAUCCGUAGAAUCAACGUCCGGUGCAACGUCCGGUGCAACUAGUCUGAUGCCUCACCUCAGUUAUUUAAUUUCGAGCAUAAAGGCCUAUUGGCCUUUCCAAGGUAACUCAGGUUCUAGCAGAAAUCAUAGAACAGCACCAGUUUCUUUCAUCGACGAUACCCACAAAGAAGUUUCUAUGGCGACGAAACGUACUAUGCCUGACAAAAAGACUGGCUUGAGAUAUCACAAUGUCGAAGAGGAUGACUUCGAGGAUCUAUAUCGUAACACAGCUAUUCCUGACGACGUCUUUGGACCGGACGAAGAAAGGAUAUUCAUCGACGUCGAUCCUUAUGAUCUAGACGCAGCGAUAUUCGGUAUACGUCAUGAAGAUAACGACAAACGAACGACCAAUCUGUUAGAUAAAAAAGAUUUUUCAAGCGUCACCAAAGCGAACGUCGAUUACGUCGAGGAAUCGUUGAAAAAUGUGAAGAGACAUUGGCAAGAUUCGCACGAUCUUUCGAAACAUCGUAAAAACGAUACCAUUAAUGAUUAUUCCGACGAAACGAUAAACUCUCCGUCCUCUUCGGAGAACGUUGGAUUGGAAGUUUAUUACAUUCCAGAUUCUACCACGAAAAAUGUCGUUUCUUCGUUAACGACCAACGAAAAAUCGAUCGAAGAUAAUAUUCGCGAAGAAAAUACUUCCGUAGGUGCAAUCGCGUCGAUUAAUUUCAAUGACACCGAAGUUUCACCGAAGAUUUUAAAUUCUGUAAACGAAGAGAAAUCCGUUUAUCCCAUAGAUAAAUCAAACACGAAUGAUUCGAUUUAUGUAGAAGAAUUAGAAAAACGUAGAGCUUAUGAUCCCGACGAAGAUCGCGUUAUCUCGUCGACGAAACGUUUGGACAUUGAGGAAGGUGAAAGUUCAACGACGAUGGACCAAACAACGUUACCUGCCAAUGAACAAAUUGUUUUAGAAUCGACCGAACAAAUCACGAGAGAAUUAUUAUCUCAUAGGCAAGAUCGAGUUGAUUCGAAAGAUACUUCGAAGGAGAUCUCGAUGGAUACGUUUACGACAUCUAGUAGCAUAGGAAAAACCGAAUCUAUAAUCGGCUCGAUUGCUGCACUCGAUAAUACAGAAGAUUUAGUUUUUGAAUGGGUUACAACAAAUUGGUCGGACUGUUCACAAACUUGCGGGGGUAGCGGUUUCCAGAUGCGUGGCGCUCAAUGUACGAUGCGUCCAAUAAAAUCGGCAAACUCGAGUCGCGUACCAUUAAGGACAGUAAUCGGUGCUAGUUUGUGCGAAGAAGCGGGACAUCCGAUGCCACAGAAAGUAAGACCAUGCGGAAUCGAGAGAUGUCCUCAAUGGCAUACGACCGAAUGGACAGCUUGCGAAUCGUCGAGAUGUUUCAAUUGGCAAACGGCAAUGCAAAGGCGUGAUAUCAGUUGUCGAUUAACUGAGGAAUUAGAAAAUGGCCAUGAAAACGUCACUCAAUUGGAUCCGAAUAAAUGCGACGAAACAACGAGACCUCUGCAAAGACAAGAAUGUUACAACGAUGCUUGUAAAGGUGUAUGGAGAGUAGGCGAAUGGUCGGAGUGUACAGCAUCUUGCGAAGAGGAUGGUAUAAAAUACAGGAUAUUACAAUGUGUAUGGUAUGGCACGAAAAAGCCAGCUGGUAACGCGUGCAGAGAUAUACCAAGACCACCGGUAAUGAAGACGUGCAGAGGUCCAACCUGUCCUCAAUCACCAGCCGACUGUAAAGAUCACUUGCCUAUAUGCAACAGAAUGAAAUUUAUGAACAUAUGCAAAGUGCCGCUGUAUCAGAAGCAGUGUUGCGCGUCUUGUCGUUAGUUCGGACGAAAAAAAGAAAAAGAAGAGGAAGAAGAAAAAAGGAAAAACGUAUGUGAAGAUCGUAUGUGAAGUGCAAAGGCGAAUGAAAAAAAAAAAAAGAAGAGGAUAGAUAGCAGACGAUGAUGGUAUUUAGAUCACGAAGAUGAAAAAGAUCGAUAAAUCGAGAAGCUUUAAUCAUCUUAUAAAACGUGAUGAUCCUCGCGAUAGAUUUCGCGAUGGAACCGUCGAUCGUUAUCGUUAGGAAAAAUUAUAAUGCCCGUUAGAGAAAUACGAAAAGGACUUCGUUAUAAUAUCCGUGAGGGAAAAAGAAAAAAGAAAUGAAGAAAAGUUUUAAACGAUAAAACGAUAUCGAAGCUCCUCUUCGUUAAUGUUGAUUGGAUAGUAUUACGAUGUAACAUUCACGAUUAAGUACUCUGAAUGCAGUAUCGACCAAGUUAUUUCCUUUCGUAAUUAUGUUUCUUCUCUUGUAGCUAUUAAAAUACGUCAGAGGAAUAUAACCGCGCCGAGUCUCACAAAUCCGUGAGGAGGAUAUUAUAUUAUAUAGUUUUGAGAAAGAAAAGAGAUAAAAAUGAAACAACAAAAUGUUUAAAAAAAAAAAAAAGAAAAAAAAAAGAAAAAUAAAGAAGAAGAAAAGAAAGAAAAAUACAAAGAGAGAACAGAGAGAGAGAGAGAGAGAGAGAGAGAGAGAAAGAUAUAAAGACACCACAUGCAAAGAAAGCUGAAAAUCCUCGUUUCGUCCUAAUUAAGCUAUAAUUUGUUGAACCACAUGUAAGUACGUUACGUGUACAGUUUGGCGCGAAUCCUAAUCGCGCAUACUCUUGUGCCCUAGAAAAAAAAAAAAAGAAGAAGAAAUGGAAACGUGGAAUUCGUCCAAAAAAGUUGAAGGUAUAUCUAUAUUGUUAAAGUUCAAUGUGAGAGAGAGAGAGAGAGAGAGAAAGGAAGAGGGAGAAAAAGAGAGGUGAAAUGGCAGAAAGUUUCAUUAACGCGUUCGAAACAGAGAUGAUUAUUAGCGCGCUACGCGAUUAAUAAGUAUGUUAUUAAAGUUUGUCAAUGUUGAUGUUUGAAUCGCACGGCUUUAAUAAACGGAAACACUAAUUUUUAAUAAGUGAAAAGUCAAAUCGAUGAUAUAACAGAAUGAAACUACGUAUAUUAAGUGCCCUCCCUCCCCUUUUUAUCCCCUAAUGAGAAAAAAAAGUCGGCGGCGCAACAAGGACACGUUCGUAACGGGUUUAUUUUUUUACAAUUUUCUUAA